UCCCCGGAAGUAAAUCAUUGCACGUGUAGCAUUUGACAACCUUGAAAAGACUACAAAACAACUACCUGGCAGCUUGUGUCUCAGGACAAACAGUUCCAGAGAUGCCAGUAACAAGACUACUAUACCCUCUCUACCAGCUGGGAAACCCUCAGCUCAGGAUCUUCAGACCCAACUGGUUCCUGACUCUGGUGAGGCCGGGUAAAGAGCAGCCUCCUGACACUGUGCAGUUUCGAAUCCCAAUGGAAAUGACCAAGUAUGACGUAAAGAACUACCUGGAGAAGAUCUACGACGUCCCUGUGGGAGCAAUCCGCACAAGGAUACAGUUUGGUUCCAAUAAGAAGAGGAAUCAUAAAAACCAGAAGGUCAAGCAGCCGGACUAUAAAGUAGCCUACGUUCAGCUGGCCCAAGGCCAGACGUUCACCUUUCCUGACAUCUUCCCCCAAAAGGAUGGGACGUCAGCGGAGGGCUCCAUCGAAGAGAUGCAGGAGAAGUUCAUGGAGGACGAGAAGCAGAGGCAGAAACCCGACCCCAGGAGAGGAGGGGUCACGGAGUGGUUCGGACUCUGAGACAGCCCACUGACCGGGAACUCUGUGCUCAUAUGUGCGCGUGGGUGUUUCAUUGGGAGCAACAUAUAUUGAUUUACAACGCGACUGUUGUGAUGUCACUUCUAUUUCUGUAAGAAACUGCUCACAAGUGUGUAGUAGAAGAAGAAUGAGCAUGUGUGUGGGAGACUGGAGACAUGUGUUUGGUGUGUGUGAGUGCGCAUGUGAGUUAGCGAGGCUUCGGUCCAGUAACUCGAGCCAGAACAGAAUCACAGGAGGAGGAGGAGGAGGAGAGUGGCCCGGCUCCAUCUUUCAUGAAACCAGCCCACCGUACAGAAUCUCCAUCACCUCAGAUGACCUCCUCUCCUUCCUCCUCCCACCCUUCCUGAUCUGCCACCCCCCUCCUUUUACCCCUCCUCUUUGCCACCAGUACCUCCGCACCCCCUCUUUCUUUGUCUCUCCUCUUUCCUCAGGAGUUUCCUUUCCUUCUCGUCCGUCUCCUUUGCCGUCCCUCUCCCUCCUUGUCCUUCUCCUACGCUCCUCUUCCUCUGCCACACUGGGGAGGGGUAUAGUGUGCCAUCCCUAGUAGCCCUGACUCUCCGCCAGUUGGAUCAGACUACCUGGACAACCCACAUCCUUUCCUUUUUUUAUGAGUUUGCCUUGGAUUAAUUGACCACUUUAGGUAAACAACAAUUGAGAUGUUGUUUCAGCAAAGCAACGACAUGGAAUUUGCUGGAGUGUUUUAUUAUUUUGUGGUAGCACCUCUUGCCAUAACUCUGAGAGAAGAUUGUACCCAGUGUUUGUGUGUGUGUUUGCCUAGCACGCGGGACUUGCCAGUGAAUCUGUCUAAUUGUAAGUGCUGUUGGAAUAAGAACUAAUAAACGGUCACUUGUCCAAAAGUG